AUGGGGGCGGCGGGGGCGGCUCUGCCAGCCGCGCGCCGAGACUCCCCUCGCUACCCAGAAGGCCAGUGGAGGACCGCAAUUACCAUAAAGCGCCUCGCACUCCGCUCAGCCAAAGCUGUCAAACCCCAGCGGCAGCCGCCGCUGCCUCCUCUCGCCACCAGCUCUGCGCUCUCCCGGUCGCGCGUCCCCUCCGAGACCCAGUGGAGCCUGGCGGCUUCCCUCCACGGCGGCCGCGGGACUCCGCUGACACGCACCACCCCGAACCCUUUCGCGGAUAGCACCCCGGGGACUGGAGGGAUCCGGAAGGCUCCGCCAGCCCCUCGCUCGGGGCCGGAAGGGAGUACGGCCCAGCAGAUGGAAACGCGGCGCUGGCCUGUCCCUAAGUACCUCUGGGCCCCCACAAAGUCGGGCACCGAGCCGAACCGGACUCUCGAGGAGCCUUAUAAAAUCCUUUUCUUGCACAAAAAUCUCACCAAAGGGUUUCCGGAAGACUUUGUUGAGGGAGGUUUCGAGCUCCCGAGAUCCCACCUCUUCACCCCUCAUCCCGGGUUCGCACCUCGGCGCUGGGCGCACAUUGAGUCGGCCCCCUCUGGGCGCAACCUAAAGCCCGGGGCUAGCCGCGGCCGGAUAGUCCCCGGGGAGUCGAAACCGCCGGGCGGGGAAACCCCUCCUCUCGUCCUUCCCCGAAAAGCCUGGCCGCGACGCCGCUCCCUGGCUGGCGCCGAGGCGCCGAACUGCGCUUCACGUGCCCGCCAUAUCAGCGGCGGCGGCGGCGAGGAGCGGGGGCAGGGAGGCGCGCCGCAGCUCCCGCGGGGUCUCCGGCCCCCGCCUACCCCGCCCUGCCCGGGUCCCGGUCUGGACCACCCCGCAGCCCCCAUCCCCGCGCCGGCCGAGAUCGGCGCUGCCAGACGCAGAGAGGUUCCUAGGGCGCCGUUCCGAAAGCUGCGCGGCGGCGGCAGCCAGAGGAGGGUGCUCCUCGCGGCCGCCCCGGGAACUUCCCAGCCGCCCCGCCGCCGCCGCCGCAGUCACCGGGACCGGAAGCCCUUGCGCCGCCCCGAGCGGCCUCCGCUGGCCCCCAGGGCUGUUCCAGACGAGGGCUAG